GCCCCCGACGGCCCGCCCCGACCCAGACCCAGCGGGGCCCUCAGGGGAACAGGACGCGCCCCCAGGGAGAAGCGGCCACUCCCGGGGCAAAGCCAGCCCCCGGCCCAGCUCACCGUUGCUGGAAUGGGACAACUCCCGGGAAACCGCGGGCCAUGCCCUCCUGGCUGGGCAGGGUCUUGAGAAGCGAUGGCCACAGAAGCCCCGGUGAACAUAGCCCCCCCUGAGCGCAACACUGUUGGCCACACAGCAGCCGACAGCUUCAUCUGGCAGCCAGACUCUGUAAACAUGCACCUCACAAGGCCUAAAUCCGCCAAGGGACGAACGCGGCCGAGUCCUCACAAACCGCAGAACGUGGCCCACCACGCGCCCGCUUCUCUGCCACCAGCCAUUCCCUGCGAGUCGCCGAGCAGCCAGAAUCCAGGAGCCUGUACCCCCAAAUCUCCAAAUCUGGGAGCUCCCGAGGAGAUCCCUGAGCUGCUGCAACAGGUGCCCCUGGGGGCUUCCUCUUCCCUCAAUAAAUACCCAGUCCUUCCUUCCAUCAACAGGAAGACCUUGGAGGAGGGCACCGUGGAAACAGUGGCUCAAAAGGCCAGCUCCCUGCAGCUGAGCCACAGCCAGGCUCCUUACCGAGAGGAGACGGGCACUACGACGACAAGUGAAGAAGAUCCCAGGGCCCGAGCUUGUUCCCCGGAGAGGAAAGCCAUCGGCCGACCCAGGAGACAGGCCCCCUCCAGGGCUGGGGACCUGGAGGAGCCACCAGAGGGAGAGCCGAGGCUGCUGCUGGCGGUCAGGUCGCCGUCGGGCCGAAGGUUCGUUCGCCACUUCCGGCCAACCGAUGACUUACAAACCGUUGUGGCUGUGGCUGAACUCAAGAACCGGGCCACCUACCACCACUGCAGCAUCGAAACGAUGGAUGUGCCCAGGAGACGGUUCUCUGACCUCACCAAGUCUCUGCAGGAGUGCAGAAUCCCCCACAAGUCGGUGCUGGGCAUCUGGCAGGAAGAGGGGGAGGCAUGGCCCUGAGCCCACAGCCACCCAGCGGGGGUCCUGGGUCUCAGUAGUGGGCAUGCGUGGCUGCUGUGGCCUCCCAGGCAGCUCGGUUCCAAGUGCCAUGGGAACCUGGUGCAGCUGUGACCCUUCGGCUGCCUCUCCACGGCACCUCCUUUUGAUGCAGCGAAAUCCGUAGAUGCGCCCAGGGCGCUGAGAAGCUUCUCCUCCAGGUGUUCAAUUCUUUCCACCCCUGGAGUGACCUGGCAGGUUACCAGGGCUGUUCCCGAAACUGCUGUGACCAGGCCUCCUCCUCCCCAGAGCCCUGGGUCCUUUGAGGAGCACCUGCCUGCCUUUACAACGAACUCUCACUCUCUUGAAGCCAGUGGUUUGCCUUUCUGUAUCUGAUGCAGGAUUAAACACUUCCCAGAGAGGCUUCUCGUCUGGUAAAUAACCAGGGCUCAGGAAAUGUCGAACUGGCAUUUGUAUUUCUUGCAAACAUCUUUAAGAAACUGGCAGUCGAUGCUAUCUUAGAAGCAGCUCCUUUGCUGGGCUCAGGUGGCCAGAGUUUCUUGGGGGUUACCGUGUGUGUGACGUGGCUUCCGAGGAAAGAUUUGCUAAUACAAAUCCCCCAAGACAUCAGCAUUUCUGAGAUAGUCUUGGAGCUAGAAAGUCAAUUGCCUCCACAACCAUGAAUUAGCCAAGCAGCUACUUGUAAAUAGAGACUAAGUAGGUUUGCAAAUAUUGGUGACUACUCUGUGGAUGCAAAACUCUUUCCAAACAGAAAGUCCGGUGUCAUAUGAUGGCCUUUUCCUUUGUCACCUGUGGAAUCCUUUGUUUUGUAAGUCAUAUAAACCCAUGAGUCCGUGCAUGUUUCUACUGACGGCUCCUUUGGCUUAUCUGGGUGUGGAUACAUAUUUUUAUCUCCCGUUUCAGUGUCUUAUGCACUUCAAACACAGAGACUCCCUAGAGCGAGGACAGUGGUGACCCUGUUCUGUGAUUUAGGAACAUCCAGAGGAGAAGGGUGCCUCGGUCAGGUGUCACUUUAUUGCACCUGUCCUGAGAGACCACGUGCCCCAGGUCUGACCGGUUGGCACGAAGUGCAUCUGAGCGUGAGAGCCUAUAGCUGUGUUGUAGAGCAUAGGGUGUUGGUUUCCUAACUCUGAGGUGGUGACGUGGACAAUUUGCCAAAGUUCUCUCAUAUUGAGCGUUCAGCAAGACUGCCACCUCUCGUCUGGAUCCUCUUUACGGCCAAAUCACCCUUCAGAGCAGGGAAACGUGCCCCUCAAGAGCUCGGCCAUCACGAAGCCCCGAGUACUGAUGUGCUCCCCUUGCUCCCGGGUUCGCAGAGAAGGCAGGAGUUCUAGAAGCAUAUCAGUGUUUCGGCCUCAGCAACAAGUGCAUCUUGUGCCUAGAUAAGGAACGUGGCUGGAUUCAGUUACUUCCAGCAAAUUGAUACGCAGCUGUGGAGAUUAACACCAACAUCAUUUCCUCUCAAGAAGGCUCACCUUUUCCUAACUGUAUCCCGCACCACCCAGAUCACUGGAGAGUCGGUUAUUUCUGAACACGGGGUAGAAUUUCCUAAUCCCAUCUCGGCUGCAAAGGUCAGCUGGGGCUUGCCAGGCCUUGGGCAGGCCCACGCAACUGGCCACCUCUCCCGAUCACCAACCGUGGCAGGAGGGACCGGUGGCCCAAGCCUGGUACUCACAGUACAGGAAAGGACGGGACUUUCACCUCCCACCCAGGACUCAGGUACAUAUCUGCCUCUGAUCUAGGAGGCUGGGGGAAGAGCCUCCCACAAAAUCACACCUACUCUAUGUGUAAGAAUAAAAUCCCACCCACCUGGGACUCGGUAAUUUCUCCAAGCAGGAAAUCUUUGGAAGACUUCAGUGAAAGGGAGCAUGCUCGAGGGAGUUAGAAUCUUCUGUACUUAGGGGUAUGCUACUGCUAUUUAGCUUAGAAUUUGGGGGUGGCGAAAAUAAAGUGGAAGGCAUGAAACAGAAAUAUUUUAGGGUAUUUUAGGACAUGUGAAUAAAGCUAGAUUUGAGACACCUGAAUCAACUUUUUUUUUUGGACCAAAGGAUGAUACAAUAAAAAUCGAUUUCUGUGAAAACGA